CUUGACGGAGAUCGUACCUCGUUUUGUUUGUCAGUUUUUGCCGAGGCUUGGCGCUCCGCCCUUGUGUCACGAUGAGCGGCCGACCUCCCGUGUUCGUGUAAUCAAAAUUCGUGUGUUCAAAUUUUUUACGAGUUUUUGUAUGUGUAGUGCAGUGCAGUGAAAUGGCGAGGUUGACGGAAGAGAUGGUGAUCGCGAGAUCGAAGCAGUCAGAUUUGGCUGCGAUUAAGAAGCUCAACUGCUGGGGCGCGGAGCUUGGAGACGUGAGCUUGCUACGGAGGAUGCCUAACGUCGAGGUGCUGGCACUCAGUAUAAACAAGAUCCGGACCUUAACCGACUUCGCGGGCUGCCGGCGGCUGCGGGAACUGUACGUGCGCAAAAACGACAUCCGCGACCUGCGCGAGAUCAGGCAUCUCAGACGACUGCCCGUCCUGACCAGCCUCUGGCUCGACGAGAACCCCUGCACUACACACCCUGAGUAUAGGAUGACAGUACUACGCAACCUGCCGAACUUGGAGAAGCUGGACAAUGUUCCCGUACAACCUGAGGAGGUGACAGAAGCGAUGCGGCGCGGCGUCUACAUACCCGAUUCCGACGACGAAGGAUACCCACAGCAGCAACAGGAGUCGUAUGGUCAGUGCCGGCGCGUGCGGUCGUGCGAGUCGAGCCCGGAGCGCGAGCCUCCGCCUGAGCCCGAACCGGAGCCCUACCACCCGCGAGGACAUGGCAGCGACAGCUCGGAGGGUGCGCCCGAGCCGCCAGCGGAGCCCCCGCGCCCUGACACACAUCAGUACCCCCAGUCACCCACACGUCGCGCGCCGGGCGGGGCGUCCCCGGACAGCGAGGAACGAUACGAGUACACCGCCCCGGCCGCGCCCGCGCCCGCUAUGACGCGCUCACACUACGAGGCAAGGAGCGCUCGCUCGCCCGAGGACGCGGCUCUGCGACACUCCCUAUCCGCGCAUAGCGUGAAGGAGUACUCGUACGCGUCCAACGGCGAGUGCCGCGCCGGCGCGGUCUCCUCGCCGCACCAGUACCACGACCAGUACUACGAGCGACCUGAGAGGUGCGAAUACCCCUCGUCGACCCCGCGCUGCCCGGCGGAGCCCUGGGAGCGCGAGGCGCGCGAGUAUCCGUCGGCCGUGAUGGCGGAGCACCGCGGCUUCACGCGCCGCCCCGUCACACGGGUACGUACCGGACGGAACUCGAACCUGUUAUCCGCCGUGCUGUGCCUGGUGAAGGAGCUCGACUACCCGAGCCUCGAGGUCGCCGAGAUGGCCGUCAGAUGCAGAAUGGACGAGCUAGCGAACGCGCAGUGACGCGACCAGCCGGCCGCUGACGCACAACGCAGCGGCUGACACACAUCACAACAACAGUUGUUAGCCAGUGACAACAGUUGUUAGCCAGUGACAAUGGUUGUUAGCCAGUGACAAUGGUUGUUAGCCAGUGACAACUGUUGUUAGCCAGUGACAACGGUUGUUAGCUACUGACAACAGUUGCUAGCUACUGACAAGAGCAUUAUUAGCGGCUAGCAACGGUGACAACAUCUAACAAGUGUUAUCAAGGGCUGCAUACAGUGGCAGUGCGCAUGGACAGUUAUCUUAGCGUUACCAGCAAAAUAAUCGCAGAAUUUCCAGUGGCGACGUACAGUGAGAACGGCGUUGUCAGUGGCUAACAACCGGUGGUGAUUACGCUAUUAGCGGUUGACAACUUCAACACAGUGACUCACAGUAAAAAUUACCAGUGGAGGCUAAUUUUGUCAGUCGUUGAUAACUGCAGCGAUUGUCCUACAAGAGACAACAGCGGUCACGUCACAAUAAAACAAGGUGUGCUUAAAAGUGACAGUUAACAUUUCAAGGUUAACCCAGCUGACGUCAUCCCACGCUGCGUUGCCAUUUUAUAAAAAAUAAAUUACCCACGACCAAUAUUUUUAUAUUUACUUUGCAAGCCAAUUUGGAAGUUUUAGUAAAAGAUUUGCUUACAGCUUUAAUGAUUUUUAUAUUAUGUGUCAAGUGAUAGUAAUUAAGUAUAUAGUCAUAAAAUCGCUUGAUUUUCAAUAAAAAAAACCCAAACAAACAAGUAGAGCAAACCCAUUAAAGGUAAAUAAAAAUAAGUCCUUGUAAUGUUGGAGAUACCAAUUAAAUGGUAACACUCAUAACACUUACGUCACCAAUAAAAACUAUGACAGGCUUA